UCAAUUCAGGGUGUAAUAGUAUUUUUGUUGUUUAAUUCUCAAAACCAGGGUUGGUGGUGGGUCUCUCUCCGCCGUCUUCAAGUUUUUCCGCAGCUUUUCAUCUUCAAGUCCUCAACUUGAGUAUCAAAAAUAAAAAGAAAAAUUCUUCCUCAACUUUCAUAAUCCGAUUAGGAAUUUGGUCUUUCCUAAUCGAAUUGCGGGAUCCUCCUCCGAUUAUGGAUACCAUGUUUUUCUAUAUCCACAAAGCGGUGCAAAGAAGGGCAGUUGGGCUGAUAGGCUCAUGCGAGGAGGACAAGAUGUUCAUCAGUUUGAAUCUGUACAAGUCCACCGGACGGCACCGUGUGAACAGCUCUCCAAUCAUUUUGGAUCACAUUGCUAAAAUAGCCCAAGCAGAUUUUCCGGUAAAGUUUUCUCGUCUCAAGCAGCAAUUGUGUGACAACAACAAGGACACUAACAGUGAGUAUGAAAAGCUGAUAUGCGAGCAUCUGAACAACAUUGGUGUGCGGGAAGCUGAGCAUCCUGCUAUUCUUCACAAGAUAUUCCAAGUUGUUGAGGCUGCCGUCUCCCCAGUCGACGCUGUUGUAGUGCUUGUGUCUGAGCUCACUGUGAGCGAACGGAAUGCGAUUCCUGCGAGCAGAACAGCCAUCCAGGGCUUGGAGCGAGUGACAGUAAUUGAUAUCGAUGGCAGCAGUCAUACCAGCUGUUCUAUAUGUUUGGAGGAUUUUGAACACCAAGAACCCAUUACUCGGUUGCCCUGCACACACCAUUUUCAUAUCAACUGCAUUGUUCAGUGGCUGGAGGUUGACCACCUGUGUCCCCUUUGCCGAUAUCCGAUGCCGAUAGAAGAACUUCAGUUAAUAAUCCCUGCAAAUCACUCUUUUCGGAGCUCUGUAUGUGUUCGGAUCAUUGUUCUCUGUGUUUUGUUGGGUAUUUUGUUGGGUCUGAUGAUUGCUUUGUUCUUUUUAUUCACCGCUGGCAAUUGAAUUUAGUUAUUGUGAUGGCUUCUUUGCAAUGUCCAAGCAAAGAAGGAAACAUAAACAAUCUGCAGUGACAGUAUCCUAACUCUACAACUGCCCCAUACAUAUAUAACAUCCUGAAAUUAUGCUGUGUUUCAACCCUCAAGCUUUGGAAUCAUGAUAGCGUCUUCAGUCUUCACAUAUUGCGGCAGUGAAGUGAUAGCUGCUGGCAUGAAUGUGAAUUAUCGAAAGCGUUUUCAAGUUGAGAGAGGCCCAACCUAGCGCCAUUGUGGAUGAAAUGAAGAAAUCCUUGAUAGAAAGUUAUGUUUAAUCUAAAAUUCUCUGGUAGUA